CCCCCCUGCCGAUGAGGCGGUUCCCUAGCACGUCUGUCAGUGCCUGCCACUGCCUGCUGCUGCCUGACAGAUGAGGAAGAUUUCCAUCUUCAAGUCUGAGUUAUCAGUAAUAUAGGAAGACAGAGAAAAACCAACAUGAAAGAUCAAGAAACAGUGCAAGUAGAAGAUUUGAAUGAGAUUUUAAAAAUGAGCCAAGAAAAGGUCGACAUAUUUGAAAGUGAGUUGUCAAAAGAGAGAGAAAGGAGAAAGCAACUGACAUCUGAUCUUAAUACCGUACAGAAGGAUUUGCAAGUUGGAAGUGAGGAAUUGCAAAAUUCAAAGUCAGAACUUAUAUGCCUUUAUAAUGAAAUUCAAAGUCUUCCAGGGGCAGCAGAAGACCGAGACCAUUUUUUAAUAGCAUAUGACCUGCUACAAAGAGAGAAUUCUGAAUUAGAAACAAAGGUCUUGAAGCUUUUACAAGAAUUUGAACAAUUAACUCAUUUUACUGUGGGGAGAAAAACUGCAGCUGCUGAUUUAAUUACAACUGAAAAUAUCUGUAAAGAUCUCGUGUCUAAAGUACCAGUUUUGAAAGUAGAGAUUCAAAGCCCAAAGGAAGAGGGAAAAGAACUCUGUUGUGCACUAGAAGAAAGUAAGCAGAAGGAAAUUCCAGAGGAGUCAGUAGAGGAGGGCACUUUGCCAACAGAGAGGCCGAAGGAGGAGGACUCACAACAGAACCAAGAUACAGAAAGCGAAGAACAACAGUUGACCUUGGAGACUGAGAAAAUUGUGAGGCUUAGAGAAGAGCUGAAUCAUAUAAGUCAGAACCUCCUUCAGUCUCAGAGCUCUGGGGAUAGUUCAGAUGACAGCGGUACCCAGUAUCCAUCAUCCAGAGAAAAACAGAAAUACCAGCAGCAAGAGGAAGUGCAACAGCUUCGCCAUAAUUUGCACCGGCUCCAGAUUCUGUGCAGCUCAGCUGAGAAUGAGCUCCGGUAUGAGCGAGGGAAGAACUUGGACUUAAAGCAGCAUAAUAGGUUCCUUGAGGAAGAAAACAUUAAGAUCAAAAUUGAACUAAAGCAUGCCCAGCAGAAGUUAUUAGAUAGCACAGAGAUGUACUCUUCACUCAUGGCCGAAUGGAACCACUGUCGGCAGAAAAUCAGGGAGCUGGAGCUGGAGGUUCUUACGCAGGCACAGAGCAUUAAGUCACAGAACAACCUGCAGGAAAAGCGGGCUCAGGAGAAAUCGAAAGUUGCUGAUGCAGAGGAAAAGAUUUUGGAUCUGCAGCAGAAAUUAGAACAUGCUCAUAAAGUCUGUCCCACAGAUACUUGUAUUUUGGGAAAGAAGCAACUAGAGGAAAGGCUAAAAGAAGCACUGGAAAAUGAAGCUAAAUCAAAGCAACAGUAUCAGGAGGAACAACAGAAGAGGAAACUCCUAGAUCAGAAUGUAAAUGAGCUACAAAACCAAGUGAGAAUCUUACAAGAUAAAGGGAAUCAAUUGGAAAUAACCAGUUCUCAGCAACAAUUUAAAAUUCAGCAACAGGAGGCCCAACUUAAAUACCUGGAACAGAAGAAAAGAACAUUGGACAAGCAUCUCAAGAGCAACCAAGAACUGUCAGAAAAGCUGUCCAGGUUGAAGCAAGAAAAGGAUGUACUAUAUGAAGAAUAUGUAAAAUUUAUGAAGCAGCUGAAGGUCCAUGUGAGAAACUACAUCAAGAAACGUCACCACCAUAAAGCCAAGCUUCAACAAGUCAAGGACCAUUUUGUUAGUGAAGUAGAACAGCGAGACAAGAGAAUUAAGCAGCUGAAAGAUGAAGUCAGAGUGCUGCAGUCUCAGAUGGAAAAGGAGAAAUUUCAGGACCAGGGCACUGCUCAAAAUGAUACACUGCUCCUAAAGAAUAGGAAAUUUAUGGAACAAGUCACAGAGCAAAGAAACCAAAUCCAGGACAAUGAAGGGAUAUUAUCUUCAAUCCAGAGCAGAGUACUUGUCCUGGAUAAAGAAAAUAAGCAAUUGUAUGAAACCUGUCUCCAGCUCAAAGAGCAGGUCAACCUCCUAGAGCACAUCAUAGGAAGCAUCCAGAUUCACAAAGGAGAGAAGAUAAAAAUUAGUGACAUCCCUGAAUUUGAAGUAUUGAAAAAAAUCUUGCUCAUUUCAAACUCCAGGAACAGGUUUGGUAUAGUCAGUUGGAAGUCUUCAGGAGAUUAAAGAACGUAAGUCAGAAGAAGCAAUGGCAAACCCCAAGUCCUCUGAGUCUCUUUCAUGUUCAUAGAAUUCUGACGCUGGAUACAUAAAUGUGACUUUUAUGAGAGAGACACAUUGCCCUCAAGAGCAAGACCAAAAGUCAGAACUACAAAAUCAUUGGUGGCUAAAACUAUUCUGAUCAAAGCUGCUAACAUAAAGCUUGGGCAUGAAGGUGGAACAUGACAUGGAGAAAAGUUACCACAGAGCCUCACUGGACAUCAACCAGGCGUCUUCAAAAUUGCUGAUAAAUUUAUUAAACCAGUUGUAAAAAUGGA